AUGGCUUUCAUCAUAGCUUCUCAAAUUUAUCUUGGGCGAGUGACAUCUGAUGAAGACCAGUGGCAACUUCUAGGGUGUCUUAGGCAGUUAGUUUCUCAGAUCGACCCGGACCAGAUGGGAGCACAUGUGCUUGUAUGGGUCUGCUUUAUUGCGGCAGCAGAUAGUACGGGCCAGGAGCAUCGGCGGUUCUUCGUUGAUGGAAUGAACUUUAUCUUUGCCAAGACAAAAUUCCAGAAUAUCUCUCCAGGUGUGCAGGCACUUCCUGCGAUCUGGUCCCAACAAGGCUCGUCGCGAUGGACGAAUAGUCUUAUACGACUGGCCCCUAUCUUAGUUAUGUGA